AUGCUCAAACAACACAGGGAGCUAAGUAUGUUCGUGCGUCACACCAUCGAAAAUAACGAGGAAGCCGAAAUCAGACCGAGCAAAACUUACCAAUCAUUUGUAGCAGUAACGGGCAAUCAUUGGGAACUAAGUUUUAUAGAAAAAGAUGUGAGGAAUUACAUUACAAGAGAAGUACAGAAUGUGUCUGAACAAGACGAUGCCAAAGAAUUUGGGAAGUACCUUUUAAGAAUGAAAGAGAAGAAUCAAAAUUUCUUUUUCGAGCUCAACCUCGAAGGCGAUCACUCCAUCAAAAAUGCAUUAUGGGCCAACGCAAGAAGCAGGACUGCAUGCGAGUAUUUUGGAGACGUGGUUUCAUUCGAUACCACGUACAACAUAAACAGGCGUAAAUCACCACGACCAGUCGACACUUCUCGGAUGCACUCUUAUGAAAAACGAGGACAUCCAAUCAUUCAAAUGGCUAUUCGAGUGUUAGCUCUGUUGCAUGGGAGGGAAGGCACCAAAAGGCAUUCUUGCCGACCAAUGCGCAUCGAUGCAAAGGGCCAUCGAGAUGUGCAUGCCAACAACAAUUCACCGGUGGUGCAUCUGGCUGGGAUGAAAAGCACACAAAGGAUCGAGAGUAUGCACACAUUUUUCAACAAGUUCAUCACACAGAACAGUUCCUUGAUUCAAUUUGUUAAGCAAUACGAUAAUUGCCUAGCAAGCAGCGAGCAAAGAGAAAGAGAAUUUGAUGUUGUAGAUUUUCACACCAUGAUACCGUGUGCAACAAAAUCAGCAAUAGAGGCUCAAUUUCAGCAUGUGUAUACCUACGAGAAGUUCAGGAAAGUUCAAGAACAACUCAGAGGAAAUGUGAGCUGCAUCAUAAGAUUAAUGCAUUCCACCUUAGGUUUUAUGACAUACGAAGUCAUAGAACAGGUUUCUAACACCACAUUCAAUAAGUUUUUCGUCACCUACAAUGCAGUAUCACGAGAAGUAAAGUGCUAG